CCCAUUUACGGGUCCCAUCUAUGGUGGCCUCCGUGAUGGGCUGAUGGUGACAGUCACGGGAAGGGUGCUUCAUCAUUGUACCAGAUUCCAUGUCAACUUCCAGUGUGGUUCUGCUCAGGUGCCUCAACCGGACAUUGCUUUCCAUUUCAACCCUCGAUUUGAUCAGGGUGACUGCAUGGUCUGGAAUUCAUUUGAAAGAGGAUCUUGGCAACAUGAGGAACGCCAGUCCAGCAUGCCCUUCCGCAAGGGCCAGCCAUUUAACAUCCGCUUCCUGGUCAAAAGCAGCUCCUACAUGGUUGCUGUGAAUGGGAAGCAUUACUUGGAGUUCAUGCACAGAAUCCCCAUUUCCAGAGUGAACACCAUUGCUGUCUCGGGGGACCUGGAGGUGGCUUCCAUUAGCUUCCAGGGCCCUUCUACUCCAGAUAUUUGGACUGCUCAAGCAGCAGCAAUGACGAAUGCUGCUUUCCCGCUGGGAAUGUGCUAUAAUCAGAGUGCCACUUUCCCACCUGGGCCAUAUUUACAGCCACAGAUUUACUCUGUCCCUUAUCAAGCUUCACUCUUUGGAGGCCUUUUCCCAUCCAAAUCUAUUAUGGUAUCGGGAACUGUACCUCCUGGAGCUAUCAGGUUCCAUAUCAACCUCAAAGUGGGGCCGGACACGGCAUUCCACCUCAACCCCCGUUUCAGUGAGCAGGUGAUCGUUCGGAACUCGCAGUUCGGUGGCUGCUGGGGGCCGGAGGAGCGCCACCUGCCAGGGGGCAUGCCUUUGCACCCGGGGCAGGCAUUCACUAUCUGGAUCCUGUGUGAGCAGGCGUGUUUCCGAGUGGCCGUGAACGGGCAGCAUCAGUUUGAUUACAACCACCGAGCGGCUGACCUCCGGAAGGUGGACCGGCUGGAGAUUGAGGGGGACGUUUCGCUGAGUGCAGUCCAGGCUUAAGUCAUCCAUUCUCCCUCCAGAGCGUUUGGUGUCAAGGGAGGGGUGGGGGGGUCGUGUGUCCCACCAGGAUAUAAACUGGUAGUGUCAGAAGGGUGGGAAUGUGUGCACUGCUUUAUUUCUUGCUGCAGUUAUCACCCCAAAUAAAAGAAAUGAGUUUAUUGCCAUCCCCUGAUGCCUGUGUCUGUGUGCCUGCAUCAGGAGGGAACCUGAAGAGCCUUAAACCGGUGAGGUUGUACCCUUUGACAGUCUUGGUUAGGGCCACCUCUGGCAGCACCAAGGCUGGUUUCAGGGGCCAGCGGCACCCUUGGGCAGCAGUCACCCACCACCUCUGGAACGGCCCACUGGCGACUCCCAAGAACGGCCUCUCCUGCUGCCAGGCC